AUGGCUGCGGAUAAAGCCAUCAUGCCCAAUAAUGAGUUUUUCGACGAUCCAGAAGAAGGUUCUGGACUUGGAGGCACUACACUUCGAUCAGGCAAAUCAGCUUCACGAGAUGUUCAAAAUCACCGAGACCAACCAAAACGCGCACGCACGGAUGAAGAUGCCAGUUCAUCCACCACGAAAUCAAACAGUAAAGAAGGAAGUGGGUCUAAAAAGUCAGAUUCUACCAGUGACAAGCGUUCGGAGUCCAAAAGCGAUUUUGUAGAAAAAAUGGAGGUCGAUUUAUCUAAAAAAGCCAACGGUCUAAUAGAACCGGAGCGAGCUGCUAAUUAA